GGAAUCGAAGUUGGUAUUUGAUGGAGUGGCCUUGCCCCCCUCUUCGUCUGCUAAGAAAUCCGGUUUUCCAAAGCCAUCCAUGAGCACUGACAUAUAGAGGGCCACUGAGAUCUCGAGAUUUAUGAAGGGAGAAACCAGGUGGAGAAGAACGACGCUGAACAAUUGAUCUUCACUGAACUUAGAAAGGCGAAGAUGGAGGAGCUGCAGUCAGAAAUGGAGGCCAUUAACGAGGAACAAUCAAUAUUAAGACAAGGACAAAGGGAAAUGAAACAACACUUCGAAAAGAUUAAAGCGGAGUGUGCACAGCUGAGACAGGAGACCAGCCUCCUUCUCCAGCAAAAUCUAGGCUCCCAGCUUCGCCUUCUUGCCGGUAAACGUGGUUCUAUCUAAAUAACAUCUUGCAAAUUAAUUACAGGACAUGGCUUUAGCUUGCCAUGUGUGUGUACUGUUUGUGAAUUAAUAAUAAUCAGUAAGUGUGUGACCCACUUUUGUAUUUCUACUAUGGGAGACCUGCUUUCCAUGGAUAAAUAAAAAAAUCAUGCGUUU